AUGGAUAUAACCACUAUACUAAACAAAAAGGCCUCCGUCUCCAUCGUCGCCGCAGACGUCCACCAGCUCCAGCAGCACCUCGCCCAGGCCACCGCCCAGUCGCAGACAGACGAUGCCGUAAAGUCCAGGUCGCCCUCGGAGCUCGGCGCCUCAGAGCACCACCGCUCUGCCUCUGCGCCCCCCAGCGAACACCACCACCAUCACCACCACCACCAGCCGACCUCCAGCUUCCCCUCGUCCACCCAGUCGCUGCCGCAGAUGGCCCACCUCGCCCAGUACCACGUCCAGGCUCAGGCUAACCACGCCAGCACCUCUCCGGGCUACGCUCACAGCGCGCAUGGCUCAGACUACGGCAGGAGUACCACCAGCAUGAGACCGACUGGCCUGCCCGCCCUCAAGACCUUUCACUGCCAGACCUGCAGCAAGGGAUUCGCCAGGAGAAGCGACCUCGCCAGGCACGAGCGCAUUCAUAGUGGGAUUCGACCGCACGCGUGUGACUGGCCCGGCUGCGGUAAACAGUUCAUUCAGCGUUCUGCCCUGACCGUCCACACCCGCGUCCACACCGGCGAGAAGCCUCACAUGUGUGAUCGCUGCGGCAAGCCCUUUAGCGACUCCUCCUCGCUCGCCAGACACCGCAGAAUCCACUCCGGCAAGCGGCCAUACAAGUGUCCCUACGCCAACUGCCAAAAGACCUUCACUCGCCGCACCACCCUCACCCGCCACCAGAACCACCACACCGGCACCAUCGAAGAGGCCGCUGCUGAGACAGAAGCAAACCUCCGUCACAGCAAAGACCGCUCCACCACCAGCAGACCCUCAGAGUACUCCGAACCGGGCUCCGCUCACUCUACUCCCUCGCCCGCCCAGCGCCCUUCUCUCUCCCCGGGCAACGAGCUCCCGCCCCUAAACCUCUCCUCCCGCCCCUAA